AUGGGCACUAACGCCCCAAACACAGAGGGCCUUGGCGCACAGGGAGUCGAUGCCGCGGCGCAGGAGGAACGCGUGAGCCCCCAGGUGCAGUCCUUGCGCGCGAUGUUCCCCGAUUUCGACGUUACCGUACUGCAGUCUGUACUCGAUUCCGUGAACAAUGACCAAGAGAGGGCGUUGGACGUUCUGCUGGGAAUGAGCGACCCGGAGUAUGUGUCAACGACAGAGCCCGUUCGACAGGUGCAGCCCUCGCUGGACUUGGACGAGCAGCUCGCUCGCCAACUCAUGCUCGAGGAUCAACAACAACAUCAGCAGCAGCAAGCGAGUGGGCAAUCCUGGCCCCGACGGACCGAAGGGGACGUCCCGUACCAGGCACGGCGACAACCUGGGGCUCCUCUGGGCUCCAAUAACAGCGGAGAACAGAGCGACCAAUUCCAGGAGUUCCAGCGCACGAUGGGGCAGAUCGCGGAGAGCGGGAAGCGGACGUUCAGUUCGAUCGUGUCCCGCGUGAAGGCGAAGAUCAACGAGUACGAGCAGUCUAGGUCGUCGAGUGCAUCUGCCCCUCCCCAGUGGGGCUCUGCCCCGCCUACGAACCUGGAUCGCCACACCGCUUCUGAGGCCUACCAGCAGCAGUACUUCGGCUCGGCGGUCCCUGCUCAGGCUACCAGGUCCGCAGUCCACGACCCGGCCGACUUGCAUGGGUAUGAUCCCCCGGCGAUCUCGUCGUCGAUCCCUACACCCGCGUCACAGCAGUCGAAUACAGGCUUAGGCCUCUCAGCAUCCCCGUCGACGCCCCCGUCUUCGGACAUUCCCCGCCCUCCUCCCACAAGCAGCGGCAGCCCCGUAAACCCUGCCAAGGUUGGGCUCCUGCCGAAGCGCCCCGUUUCUCUCCUGAACACGAACUCGCCGCCGGCCACAAGACCGAGCGACGAGGAUGAUGAUCUUGAGUAUGUUGAGAACCCCUUCGAGGAGCACCAGUAG